AUGCGAGUACCUUCAGGCAUGUUUACUCCACGGCAUGCGCCGCUGAAAGAGGGCCGCUCGUUUCCCGGCCUACCAUAUGCUGGACCUCCGAGACGGAAUCUCAGAUCACGACAUGGCGCUUUAAUACUUCUCGUCCUCAUAUGCAUUCCCUUGAUCUACUUCCUAACAUCAUCCGGAGCCGCCAGUUCGACGAUUCAAACCAGUCUACCAUCCGACAGGUCCAGGGAAUUUGUCACAGACCCCGAGGUGGUGCUUCGACCAAACCCCAAUGAAUCUCCCGGACGACAACAGUUCCCGCCGAACCAAGCUGGGGCCGAUCCGCCCGCGCCGGAGUCGCCUGACGCCGCACCUGUCAAAGAUUCAGUCCAGAAGGCCGAGCCACCACUGCAAAACCCCAAGGCUCCUGUGGCAGACCUGGAAGAUGAGGAACCAGCAACCUCGAGGGGAAAUGAUCGGAGUACUACAGCACCCAAGUCUUCUCCCAAAGGACCUGGUUCAGGAGUGUCGUCGCAGGAUUCCAUCUCAUUCAACGAGCGUCCCAAAUUCGAAAGAGCUCUCGCUCGCGUGAUCAGCUUGCUUCCUGGGGAGAUGGAAGGCCGAGAUUUACUCCGACAGGUUGAAGGAACCGGCAAGGAAAAGCUACGCGAAAUGGGUCUCCGAGUCCGAGAAUACAAGAAGUUUUUCGAGGCGUGGGAAGAUUUGCAUCUCACCUUUGACGAGGAAGGUGGCAGUUACAUUCGUGACGAUGUGAUUCAAUAUCUGCGACACCAUGUCCACAAGUCCUCCUCAGUCGACCUGGAUAAAACGGGACUGGCUCAAACCAUUCAUUCCUACGAAGCGUACCGGUAUUUCUUAGUCAAAUUCGGUCAACUGCUCUUCCCCUGGACGGCACCCUAUUUCCCCGACCACAUGACUCUUCACUCUCAUUUCAAGAAGGGCGGUCGAGGUAUCGUGCUCACGGCUGGCGACGACCAGGCGCCGUUUCUAUUAACGACCAUCCCGACGUUCCGAAAGCUAGGCUGCACGCUUCCCAUUGAGGUGAUGUACCUCGGCGAUUCCGAUCUCAGCGAAGAUUACCGGGCCGAUCUCGAGGCUAUCGAUGGCGUGAUCACUCGAGAUAUUGCACAAAUGGUAAACGACGAGGGCUGGAAGCUUGCGGGCUGGGCUGCGAAGCCUUUUGCUAUCCUCCAUUCAAGCUUCCGAGAAGUCUUGUUCAUUGAUGCCGACAGCCUAUUCUUCAAAAACCCCGAAAUUCUCUUCGACGAUCCCGCCUACCAAAAGACCGGAGCCCUCUUCUUCAGGGAUCGAUUAAUCAUGCCGGAGUCGAAGAAACGGUGGCUCCAGCAAAUUCUACCAAAGCCCAUCUCCAGACAAGUCAAGCAAAGUCGCUUUUGGACCGGUGACAGUGGCCACAUGCAGGAGUCGGGCGUCAUCGUGGUUGACAAGUGGCGUCACUUUAUCGCCCUGCUUUUGGUUACUCGAAUGAACGGCCCGGACAGAGACGGCAAUCGAGACGAGGGACGAGUCGGCAUCUAUGACAUGGUCUAUGGUGACAAAGAGACCUUCUGGAUCGGUUGGGAGCUCGUCGGCGACUUGGACUAUGCAUUUCACCAAGGUGACGCCGGCACUAUGGGCACCGUCCAGGAGGAUAAGAAUCGAGAGGAGGGACGAAAGGAGGGAAACCCCAACCGGAGGAAGAAGCAGAAGAAAAUCAUCCUCGACGACAACGGCGAAAUCAUCGAGAACCCCGAAGGCGAGGAAGGAUGGGAGGAAGUCGAAGCCGAAGAAGAAGACCCCGGGAAUACGGGACCGUCAAGUUAUACCAUUUGUUCUCCGCAAUUGUUGCAUCUUGAUUUGGAGGGCAAACCGCUCUGGUUCAACGGGUGGUUGCUCGAUAAUAAGUUUGCGGAUAGGAAACAGAAGAAAUUCGGCAAGUUUGAAACGUAUCUCAUUGAGCCGAGGGAUAUCAGGGAACCCGGCGCCUGGCAGUUGGAGGAGAGUAAUAUGUGUUGUUUGACGACGGAUCCGCCGUUGAAGAGGGAUUUCACACCGGAAGAAAGAGAGAUCUUAGAUAUGAUGAUUCAGCAGGCCAGAGAGGUUGGGAUUGCAGGUUGA